UGUGCGUAUCCCAGUGUUGUUCAGUGAACCGUGCGGCGGACAGUGCCACUGUGUCUGUAGUCGCCCCGCUUGUAUUGAACCCGCUGCUGACCAGUGGAGAGUGAAGAGAGGGAGGAGGAACUCAGAGCCGGACGCCCUGUUGGUGGUGUGUUUGCCCGGCAGAAGCACAUUUUCCACGAUAGGCUCCGCGACCAUGCUGGAAAACACAGGUGGAGCAAGAGCGGAUGCUAAAGUGAAUAAUCAGUCAGAAACUACUAAAUGUGCAAUGGAAAGUGGUGACGGGAACACCGGAAUCCAAAUCAAUGGGUUCGACUUUCAGAGGCAGGCGAUGCCUCUCACUAACGCACACGCACAAGCCCUCCUCCAACAGGCUGCAGCACAUUUAAAUAGCAACUUUCACAAUAACUAUUUUAUUCAAAUUCCUAUGCCUGCUCAAAGACUGAAGACUCACUCUCAGUCUAAGUCGGAAGACCCCAGUGCUCUUCCGACCUCCGUCCAGCAGAGCGUUUUGCCUCAAACCCAGCUAGUGUUGGCCGGGGGACAGAUUGCAGGAUUGACCCUGACCCCGGCGCAGCAGCAGAUGUUGAUCCAGCAGGCUCAGGCUCAGCUCCUGGCCGCCGCCAUGCAGCAGUCGGCCAACCAGCAGAACAGCACCACCGGGGCCAGCAUCUCGGCGCAGGCAGCCACGCCCAUUACCCAGCUGUCCCAGCCUAUCCAGAUCGCCUCUCAGCUGCAGCCGCAGAAUCUCAGCAUGCCGCAGUUUGUCCUGCUGCAGCCCGGCCACCCGAUUGCCACGCAGCUGCAGCCCACGCAGUUCAUCAUCUCACAGACACCGCAUACCCAACAGGGCCUAAUGCAAGCCCAGAGUCUUCUAAAUCAACUACCUCAAAGCCAAGCUAACCUCCUGACGACUCAACCAAGCAUCACCCUCACAACUCAGCCUGCCACUCCAACCCGCACAACUGCAGCCACACCGAUCCUGUCCCUGCCCCACAGUCAGACCACCCCCAAACGGCUGGACACCCCGACUCUGGAGGAGCCCAGCGAUCUGGAGGAACUGGAACAGUUUGCCAAGACCUUCAAACAGAGGCGCAUCAAACUGGGCUUCACGCAGGGGGAUGUUGGCCUGGCCAUGGGGAAGCUGUACGGAAACGACUUCAGCCAAACUACCAUUUCUCGCUUUGAGGCCUUGAACCUGAGCUUUAAGAACAUGUGCAAACUCAAGCCAUUGUUGGAGAAGUGGCUCAACGAUGCAGUUUGUGCAGAGAACCUGACAUCGGACCAGUCCCUGUCCAGCCCCAACGCGCUGGGCUCCCCGGGGAUGGGCAUCGAGGGGAUCAACCGCAGACGGAAGAAGAGGACUAGCAUCGAGACCAACAUCCGAGUGGCCUUAGAAAAUAGCUUUCUGGAGCAGAACCAAAAACCUACCUCUGAAGAGAUCACCAUGAUCGCCGACCAGCUCAACAUGGAGAAGGAGGUGAUCCGGGUCUGGUUCUGCAACCGCCGGCAGAAGGAGAAGAGGAUCAACCCCCCCAGCAGCGGCAUGGGAGGAGGCGCCACUAAAUCCCUCUUUACCCCCAGUAGCCCCAUGGUGGCCAGCACAGCAAGCCUUGUGAACAGUCCCUCUAUUAACACAUCCACCACUCUGACUGUAAACCCAAUGAUGCCUCUCACCAGCACCAGCGUCGCCAAUUUGUCUUUCACAGGCACGAACACGGCAUCAGUCAUCUCCACUGCACCUAUAUUUACUACAGCCUGCUCUCCAUCUUUGAGCCCGUCGCCAACGACUAUUCAGUCUAUGAAAGCAGAGAGCAAGGGCCACACCAUCAUCCAGGCUCCCACAUCCAUCGCCUCUCUGGGGGGGGGUCAGCUGAUGGUGUCGGCCUCCAGUCUCUCGGCCGCGCUGCAGCAGGCUCAGUUACCCAGCAGCUUCGCCGCCAUGGCUGCUGCCGCCGCGGGGCUCAACCCGGGACUCAUGGCCUCCUCUCAGUUCGCUCCUGGCGGGGCCCUGCUCAGUCUGACUUCUGGAGGCCUUGGCGGUGCGCUGAAUCCGGCCCUCAUGAGCAACAGCACCUUGGCUACCAUCCAAGGUGUUUAUCAAUCUCUGGCCUCCAGUCAGAUCCCCAUCACGUCUCUGGACGGCAGCAACCUUCUGUUCGCCAACACGUCUGGCGGCACACCGCUCUUCCUGAACCCCCAGAACCUGUCGCUGCUCACCAGUAACCCAGUCAGCCUGAUGCCGGGGGUGGGGGGGCUGCAGCUGACCUCCGACCCCCACCUUCAAGCCUCCGCGGCUGCUGUGCCUGUGCAAAACUCCACCAUCACCGCUGCCUCCAAGGCUCAGUGAAGCCCGGCUGCAUACCGUCUGUUUCUCUCGUCAGGGCGUCUGAGAUCAGCGCUCCACUAACCAACCCCACAUUCUUUCCAUUGUAUCGAUCAUUAUUUAAUCCUUUUGCUGCCACCAAAAAGAAAACAACCCCAAGUGAGGUUGAGGUUGACUUUUUACAUUUUUGUUUCUUUUUUGAUUCUUGGAUGUUUUUUUUCCAACAAACAUUCGCUGUUGUUGGCCUGCCGCUCAUCAUGAACCUUGACAAAGUGACCGGGAGGAUGAAAUAUCCCCGGCACGAUCAAGCUGUUCACGUUGUGUGUGUGUGUGUGUGUGUGUGUGUGUGUGUGUGUGUGUGUAUAUAUAUAAAUAUAUAUCCUCCUAUUUCCAGGUCAGAAUUUCUCUGAAACACUUCUAACCAAAAACGUUUUUGAUUUUUCUCUUUUAACAUUCAAACUGAUUUACUACUAAUAUUCAUCAUCACUAACGGGGCUUUGUGUGUCACCCCACCUUUUAAUUAUCUCUUUUGAGUUGUUUUGGACAGGCCUUGACGCAAAUCAUAUCAAAGUUAUAUUGUAGAGAUUUUCUUUACCCUUUCUUUUCUGUAUUUUUUAACAUUUUCAGAACUUUGUAAGUCUAAUAUUAAGUUAACUAUCAAUUUUUAAUCGUGGUUAUAAGGCUUUAAAAACAAGUAAUAAGUGGCCGAUAUAAAGGUUAUCAUUGCUUUAAGGAUCAGAGGGACAAGACGUGUCUCUCUGAGUCUCUCUUUCUGGAAACACUGAGUUUUACAUUUAGCUGCGGAGCGAAGUAGCCCCAAAGCUUUUUGUAGAAUCACCGUCUCGGUGCGGAUUACAGACACUGAUAGAAAAUGACUGAAAACAUUGCGUUGAAAGCUUUAUAAAGAGCUGCGGACAUGCAGUCCCGUGUCUGAUUUAAGGGUGAUUUGUUUUGGAUGGUGGUCUAUUGGAAAACUGUACAUUACGUUUGGAUUCAGAGGUAGGAAAUAGACGUCUGCAUGUGUUGUCUACAGAGAGUUCAGUUCCUGCAUGAUCCACGCGGCUCUGCGGCUGACUGCUCUGUCGUUGGGAGAUUAGUCGGGGCAUGGGCAUCAUACCAAAUGUAUGCUGGCAUUGGCUAGAUGGGGUUGUUGUGUUUUUGUUUUAUUUUCAUUUUCUUAAUAGUAGUACCGUCGUAUCUACUUGUGCACAGUAUCUGUACCAAAAAACUGGAUUGAUGAGCUGCAGUCUGCCCGUUUGGGGAGGAAUGAAAUUCUGUCUUUCUCUGUCUGCAGUCACUCGACUGGCUUCGUACUUUAAGAUAUACCAAAAAUAUUUGUUAAAAUAAUUGCUGUGUGUACUCGGUGUAGCUUAGUCUAGUCGAUAUAUUUAUGAGUACAGAAUUUCUCUUCAUUGUCAACAGAAUAUAGAAAUGCAAUAUUUUGAUGAUCAUUUUCCAAAGAUGACCUUUUUUUUAAUUUGACAAAGUGUCUCAUCGCUCAACUUAAAAAAUUGGCAGCACAAACUGACCAAAAACAGAGGGAUUGGCGGGAUGGGGCACAAGAAAAUGUUCGUUUUUACUAAUAUUGAAUGGUUUUUUUUAUCACCGGGGCCUCGCCCCUAACGCCUGAUCCUGGUUAUCCUUCAGCCAUUUGAUGGCUUAGUUCUCCUUUAUCUUUAUUGGCCAUUUUGGUAGCAGUUUUGGACUUUUCUGAAGCAAAGUGGAAAGGUUCUGUUUUUUGGUUUUGUACUAAUAUUCAGCCAUAAAACAACAGCUUGAACCAAAGUGGUUUUCCUCAGUAGUUGCCCUACUCUUCCCACUGCUGACAAAUGAUUUCCCUCUCUGCCUCGGUUAACACCGGAUAGUCCUUAUUUGGUUCUGCUAGAUAAGGAUCACAGAAACCAAGCUUUAACAACUUGCUGCUGAGCUGAGCUGGUUAGAGGCCUGCAUGCUCUCCUAUAGCUUUAUGAAUACACCCUGUGAGACCAGGCCUGCCCUCUGGAGGGCUCACUUUUUUGUAAAUGCUGAGAAAUCGGAUCAUCAGUAACACACCACACUCCCUCUCAGCAUCGCCAUUUUUGAACCAGCACGCUAUGAAACGAUAUGCUGCUCCCUAAAUCUGUCUGCGGACUAGUUUUAAAACCUGCCAAAUUAUCUUACUCAACACAGUGUUGGGCUGAGUACUGUUAUGUGCUACACAUUCAACUGAACCCCACAUCAAAAAGUAGCAUUGUUCUACAAAAUGAGUUACCACAGCGUUGUUAGAUCGCUGAGGUUGUAGGCAGUGAAGUUUGUCCAUGUUUUCCUCUUGUGUACUUCUUUUCUUUUGAAUUACUUUGACUGAAUAUACCUCAGCAGCACUUAACAUAAGGUUCACCUUUAGACAUUUCUGUGUGUAGAACAGUGUAGAAUGUAUAAGUACCGUCUGGCUCGCCAUUCAAAGUUUAUACUGAUGAACCAAACAUAGGAACCAUACAUGGAACGGACAACCUACUACUGCUAUUUUCUAGGACUACUAUUUAUGGGGUAUUUCCAGGUUUGAAUAUUAUUUUGAGAUCCUUCUUGCCAAAGGACAAGCCUUUCUCUUCGCAGCUGGGCGGGUGUCUGGCUGCUCACGUCGCUGGUUCCCCGUCUUCGAGGACUCGGUCCUGUUUCCGUGCUGUUUGUAGUUACUAAAGAGUUGAACAUGUGCUAGCAAGAUGAACCAGUUGCCAUCGGCACCAUAGGAUGUUACUGAAAUAUUUAUCUGAGGAAAGAAUUAGAGAAACAAUCUUUUCUUAAUUCUAUACAUAUAAAUAUAUAUAUAAACACGUGUAAGAUAUUCAUAUUUUAUAUUUGAACCAGUAUGUUAUCAAGACUGAAUGUAGUGUUUAUCAAACUCCCCUAAAUCCUCCUUUUUUUAUUAUUGCAAAAAUAACGAUUUUUCUUUUUUUUAACUGACAAGACCAAAAAAUAAGAAAUCUGAGAUCACGCCUCUUGUGUUUGCUCGGACACUCCUGACUCUGAAGCAUCGGAUCUUAAUCUUUUAAUAGUUUUGUUUGAGUCACGUGGGCUUGAUUUGUUGUGCUGUCUUUAACAAUCAUUUGAUUUUUUACUUUAUGCCUUUUAAUUGUUUUGUAUAGUGUGAGGGCAAGAUCACUGGCUUUCUUAGUUUGAUUAACAUUAUCAUUUAUGCCUUAUUGUUACGUAGAAGACAUGAGCAUUGUAGCAUUUUGGUGUGUGUGUGUGUGUGUGUGUGUGUGUGUGUGUGUGUGUGUGUAUGUGUCUGUGUGUCUGUGUGUGUGUGUGUGAGAGAGAGAGAGAGAGAGAGAGCGUGAGAGCUUUAGCUCACCAGGUGCACCGUUUUCACUGAAACAAAGCGGUGCACUCUGGGAAUUUUGGAGAGUGGGAUGAUUAUGUUGCGACCUUUGCUUUUAGAUGUGACUCAGACAGGUUGAAGAUACCUGUGAGAAAAGCUUUACUAAUAAUUCCAGUGUGUGUGUGUGUGUGUGUGUGUGUGUGUGUGUGUGUGUGUGUGUGUGUGUGUGUGUGUGU